AUGCCGUCCGCCAGCGACUCCGCAAAUGCCACGACUGCCAGCCGGACUGAUGGUCCACCAAAGAGUCCAUCUACCAGCUAUCGUGACUCGACGCUAGGCGUCUUCGCGCUGCUGCUGGCCUUCCGCAUUGUGAAUGCACUGACGCUGCGCACCUUUUUCCAGCCGGACGAGUUCUUCCAGUCGCUCGAGCCUGCGUGGCAGCUGGCCUUUGGUGGGGCCAGCAAUGCCUGGAUCACUUGGGAGUGGAGGACGCAGUUGCGGUCGUCUCUGCAUCCUGAGCUAUUUGCAGCUGCCUACCGAAUCGCGGCACACUUAGCAGACCUCUGUGGCUUCAAUCUAUCUGUCAAAGCCGAACUACUCCUGUCAGCGCCGAAGAUUGCCCAAGCUGUGUCUGCAGCGCUACUCGACUGCUACACAUGGAAACUUGCGGAGAAAGUCUACGGUCGCGGCGGUCGUACAGCCCUCACUACUCUCGCAAUAUCGGUAUGCAGCCCAUGGCAGUGGUUCUGCUCAAUCCGGACGCUGUCCAAUUGUCUUGAAACCACUUUCACAUCCAUCGCUGUCUACUACUGGCCUUGGCAUUGGACAACAACAACAGCACCCAACAAAGCUCGGAAAGAGGACAAAAUAUCACCUGCAGCCCAACGUGAUCUCGACUCGAUCUUGCAUUUGCGUCUGUCACUGCUGCUAGCAGCUUUUGCCUGUAUACUUCGACCCACAAACAUCCUCAUCUGGCUUCCUAUCUCCAUUCCGACAAUAUGGUGGGCCCCGAAGAGGUUGCGGUAUAUUUUGAUCAGCGAAGCCAUACUAUGCGGAUCCACUGUUCUUGGCUGUUCAGUAUUGUCUGACAGACUCUACUAUGGCAUUUGGACCCUGCCUCCCCUGCAAUUCCUCUACUUCAACAUCGCCCAAUCCCUAGCAGUUUUCUACGGCCGAAACCGCCCGGACUACUACUUCACCGAAGGUCUACCUCUCCUGCUCACCACAGCCUUGCCCUUCGCCUUCGUAGGCCUGUGGCAAGCAUUACGAAGAAAGUCAGAUCCGCCCACUAACAAUGCCUUCGCAACCAGCUACAGCAUACUGUCACGCCUGGCAUGGACAUCGCUCACCAUGACCUGUGCACUGAGCCUGAUCUCCCAUAAAGAAGUCCGCUUCCUCUACCCAAUCCUGCCCUUCCUGCACAUCCUCUCCGCACGUCCACUUUCCCACUUCCUCCCCGCCCGCGCACCCCUCACACGCCGCGCCACCAUCGGCCUGCUCCUCCUCAUCAACAUCUUAGUAGCCAGCUACUUCUCGCAAAUCCACCAACGCGGCGUAAUUGACGUGCUGCACUACAUCCGGCACAAGCACGAAGCGCGGAACAACAUCUUCUCCCACACCUCCGGCGUCCCACCAGCGAUGCUGAAUACUACGGUCGGCUUCCUAAUGCCCUGCCACUCCACGCCUUGGCGCUCUCACCUCGUGUACCCUUCCAUCAACGCGUGGGCACUGACAUGCGAACCACCGCUUACCAUCCCUCUCGCCGAGCGAGCGACCUACCUCGACGAGGCGGAUGAGUUCUACAUCAACCCGGGGCCGAAGCGGUGGUUGAGGGAUAAUAUGGAGUCCACUGCCACAAUUUCUUCGUUGGGCAGUCGAUCCGCACAGUUUUUGGCGGGUCAGGAUCCGAAGUUUAAGGCGCGGUAUCGGAGGAAGUGGCCGCAGAACCUGGUGUUUUUCGAGGCGCUGGAGGGUGAGUUGAGGGAUGUGUUGGGAGAGACUAGGUACAAGGAGUGCUGGAGGGGGUUCAACAGUCAUUUCCAUGAUGAUUCGAGGAGGGUUGGGGAUGUGAUUGUGUGGUGUCUGGAGGGGUAA